AUGGUGUUUGCCAGUGGGAAGCCAGCGAGGUUCUUGCUAGCCGAGUUCGGUGAAAUCACAGGACUUAACUGUGAUGAGAUUCAUCCGGAUAUGAUGCCAGAAGUUGAUGAAGAAGAGAAGAAACGUUUUUGGGAGCUUCUCAAACUCAAAGAAAACCGUUACAGCCCAGGGUUAGAGGACCUAAAGGCACUAUGCGAUGAGUGUAUAGCUUGGUCAAAGAAGGACAAGAUUAGGUUCUGUUAUUUAGUUAUUUUGGCUAAUGGGUUGUUAAAAGUUGACCGUAGGAGCGAGCUUCCCUUGGAUAAAGCUAAUCUGGUGAUAGAUUUGGAGAGGUUUGAGAAUUACCCUUGGGGGAGAGUUGCUUUCGAAGACCUGAUGGAUGCGGUCAAAGACGUUACUCAUGAGAAGAUGCAGAGCAAGUCUUAUACGUUGAAUGGGUUCGUGCAAGUGCUACAAAUAUGGGCAUAUGUAGCAGUGCCUAAAGUUGGAGCGACUCUUGGUUGUCCAUUAACUGUGCCAAAUGAGAUUCCAUACUUGCUUAGGUACCAAGGAAGAGGUGGCAGACUUUACAUCUCUAAAGCUUUUUCGGCUUGCAAAGUAAGGCACAUGUCUACUUUUAAUGUCAAACAAAUUAAUCAUACCACCAACGAUCCACUUGUGGACAACCUCGUAAACUACAUUCUUGAGGGGAGAUCGAUGGAUGGUAUUGUUUGGCAGGAGGAAGAAUACGUUCAACCAAAAACUUCAAGGAAGAAAAAAGGAGGAAAAAAUGAAGAGAUACAGAAAGAACAAGAAGAAGAAGAAGAGGAAGAUGUUCCACUGUUGUUAGAAAGAGAGUCAAGGAAGAAGAGGAAAGGGGAGAAAAAAGAUGAUAUGAAAAAAGAAGGCUGUUGA